AUGGAGCCUUCUGUUCUUCCCACCCCGUGGGUACGGAAUCCUGCCAGGAUCAGGAGGCUGCUUCAGGCAUCCCAAAGUUCUAUGCUUCUCAAUUCUAGCCUAGACACCAAGCCCAGAGAUGUGGCCUCCAAGUCUGUGGGUCUCUUCUUCAUGCUUUUGAUUGAUUUGACAGCCAUUGUGGGCAAUGUAGCCAUUAUGACGGUCAUUGUCAAAACCCCAGCACUGAGGAAGUUUGUCUUUGUGUUCCACCUCUGCUUGGUGGAUCUUUUGGCUGCUAUUACUCUAAUGCCUCUAGCCAUGCUGUCCAGCUCAACUUUCUUUGAUGGCACAGCCUUUGAGGAUGCCAUAUGUCAUGCCUAUCUCUUCCUGAGUAUUUGCUUCAUCACCAUGUGUAUCCUUUCAAUCUCAGCUAUUAACGUAGAGCGCUACUACUAUGUGGUGCACCCCAUGCGCUAUGAGGUCAAAAUGACUGUAAGCCUGGUGGUCUGUGUCCUGGUUGGGGUUUGGAUCAAGGCUGUAGUUAUGUCCAUCAUCCCCAUCCUGGGAUGGCUUUCCCAAGACCAUAUCAAUAGAUCCCUAGCCUACAAUGGACAGACCUGCUCCUUGCAGUGGAGCCAAAGUGCCUACUGCAAGUUUUUUGUGAUUUUCUUUGCUGUUUUCUACUUUUUCCUGCCGGUUUCCAUUAUUUUGGUGGUCUACUGUAAUAUGUUUAAAGUGGCCCGAGUAGCUGCCAUGCACCAUGGUCCACUCCCCACUUGGAUGGAUACCCCACGGCAACGAUCAGAAUCUCUUAGUAGUAGGUCCACAAUGGUGACUAGUUCAGGAGCCCCUAGAACUACCCCUCAGAGGACGUCUGGGGGUGGGAAGGCCGUCAUCAUCCUCCUAGCAGUGGGGGGACAAUUUCUCUUCUGCUGGUUGCCCUAUUUCUCCUUCCAUCUCUACUCGGUGCUGAGCUCCCAUUUUCCUGGCCAGCAGACGGAGAAUGUGGUCACUUGGAUUGGUUAUUUUUGCUUCACAUCCAACCCUUUCUUCUAUGGAUGCCUCAACCGACAGAUCAGAGGAGAGCUCAGCAAGCACCUCACCUGUUUCUUCAAGCAACCACCAGAGGAGGAUCUCAGGUUACCCAGCAGAGAAGGCUCCAUUGAGGAGAACUUCUUGCAGUUCCUGCAAGGAACAGAUUGCCACGCUGAGGCCAGAAAUGCUCUUACCCAGCCUAGCCCCAAAAGGGACCAAGCUACCAUUGAUUUCCGGAUCCCAGGACAAAUUGCAGAAGAGACCUCAGAAUUCCUGGAGCAUCACAUGAACAGUGAUAUCACCGCCUAUGAUAACUACAUCAGAGCAGCAUGCUCACCGAAGCCUGAGCUGUAG